UGUAAUAUAGUAAUUAUCAACCGAUAAUUGUAAAAAUCAAGUGCAAGCAGUUGACAUGUUUUAAAUGUUUAAGUUUUGUUAUUUAGUGGCGUAAAACUAGUGCACAUUAAUUGGAAACAGGUUGCAGUUUCGGCCGAAGAUGCUGCCGCCGAAGGAGAAUGUGGAUCUCGAGUGCUUCAUUGUGACGAAGCACUCGUGGAAGGGCAAAUAUAAGCGUAUUCUCUCCAUUGGCACCGCCGGCAUCUCCACCUACAAUCCGGACAGAUUUGAUCUGACAAAUCGCUGGUCCUACUCGGAUAUUGUAGCAGCCGCACCCACAAAGACCACAAAUAUACCCAAUGAGUUUGUGCUCACCAUUAAGAAAGACAAAAAAUUGGAUUCGAUUAAACUUUCGUCGGAGUAUCGCAACGAUAUACUCACCUCCAUAUUAAAGUACUACAGGGAAUUCGCAGACAAGCCUAAAAAUGCUCUCCGAUUUAAUGCAUAUAAAUACCAUUGGUCGGGCAUCAGCUUACCCACUGUUCUGGAAGUUACGCCCUGCUCCUUGGAUCAGUUGGAUCCAACCACAAACGAUGUGCUCACCAGCUAUAUGUACAAGGACAUCGAGGGAAUAAUAGCAGGCAUCUCGGACUAUGAUAAUGGCAUCGUGAUGGCCUACGGCGGCUUCAGUCGCCUGCACAUGUUCAAGGCGCUCAAUCACCACGAGAUCGUGCAGAACAUUGCGCAACGUUCCGCCCAGUUUCUCGGCAUUGAAACCAAAAUACUCAAGAGUCAAAUAACUCUCGAGCAAUUCGAGCGACAGCGUUUUGGCAAAUAUAGCGGUGAUCAGUUCCAGACCUCGAUGACAGAGUUCACAGUGCAGAAGAUAACGCCUCGGCAUCCGGAUCCAGUGAAACGCAUACUCUGCCUAACCGAGGUGACGCUGCUCGAGCGCGAUCCGCAAACGUACAGCGUCUGCACGCUGCGCCCGUUGGUCGAUGUGUUUGCACUGGUGCGCGAUAAGGACAAUCUUCAGCGUUUUUGCAUUGAGUAUAAGAACGGAAUUGUGCGCAGCUACAGCACCAACGAUCGCGACUCGCUGCUGGCCACUGUCUUGGAUGCGGUGCGCUCCAGUGGCAAUCAGGAUGUGCACAUACGCAUUGGCAAUACGCCGCGUGGCAAGCGCUAUGUCCCCCUCAACAGUUCCGUGGACGAGGAGACGGAAGCCAACCUGUUGCGCCUGGUUAUCAAUAAUUUCCAAAAUCCAAACCGCCGUUACGAGAUCCUCGAGCGUUUCAAUGCCAAUGUGCCGCACAGUGGACUCAACUACAGUGUCACCCAGGAUAGUCUGUUUGCGGAGAAUAAGGAGAAGCUCAUAUUGAGUGCCCUGCAGGCCUUGGCUCAGAAGGAACUCGAUAGUCCAACGGCGCAGCUGAAUAACACUGAGCUAGAGUCCAUAUUCCAUGCAUUGACGCGUCUGCUGGCUAGCAAAGUGGGCUACGCUGCCUUUACCAAUCUUCCGGGUUUUCGCGAAAUCAUUGGCACUAAGGUGGUGGCCUCGUUGCGACGCAAGGAUUUGGCAGUGACCUACUCGGCGAUUGAUAUGAUCAACUCAUUGAUGCACUCGGUGCACACCGAUCACGACCUCAAGCAGGAGCAGCUGAACAAAUCUUCCAUAUUAUCAUCCAAAUCAUUUUUGGAAACGCUGCUCAACAUGUGGACAACGCAUGUGAGCCACGGCAGCGGUGCACUGGUCUUGUCCGCCAUGCUCGACUUUCUGACGUUCGCGUUGUGUGUGCCUUACAGCGAGACCACGGAAGGCAAGCAGUUUGAUACACUGCUCGAGCUAGUUGCUGAGCGCGGUCGCUUUUUGUACAAGCUGUUCCAGCAUCCAUCGCUGGCGAUUGUCAAGGGCGCCGGUUUGGUGUUGCGCGCCAUCAUUGAGGAGGGUGAACUGCAUGUGGCCCAGCAAAUGCAGGCGUUAGCUUUGGACGAGGCGGCGCUGUGUCGUCAUUUGCUUGUGGCGCUCUACACACCAUCCAAUGACCCCACAUUGAUAACGCAUCGCCAGCUGUCGCGUCACCUGAUCGGUCUCUGGCUGACGGACAGCGAUGAGGCCAUGGAACUGUUUAAACGCAUUUUCCCCGCUGGCUUGCUGACCUUUCUGGAGAUAGAGGAAAGCGUGCCCGACACGGAUGUGGAGGAGGACAAACUGAACUUUCGCGAUAAUCUCAAAUUUGCAAUUCAACAUUCCAAGAAAACUCGCAAGAAUGUGAUAGAGAAGCAUUUGCAGGGCAUCAAGCACUGGGGCUUGAACCUGAUCGAGCAGCAGGACGGCGCCGCCCAGGCGCUCAAGAAUCGUCCAGUGGUGCUGCGCAAUCGACGCCAGAAGAAGAAAACCUCCGAAGCCAUUGUUAAUUUGCCCUACUUUUUCUACAACUUUGCCAAAGAUCACAGUUUGCCCAAUCUAAUUUGGAAUCACAAGACGCGAGAGGAGCUGCGCAUGUGUCUGGAGAACGAGUUGCGCCAAUUUCUGAGUGAUCGCGACCUGGCUGGUCAGAUGAUUGUGGCCUGGAACUAUCAGGAAUUCGAGGUGGGCUACCAGUGCCUGGCCGAGGAGAUUAAAAUUGGGGACUACUAUAUACGGCUCAUACUGGAGAAGGAUGAUUGGCCGCAAAAUCUGGUCAAGGAUCCGAUCGAGCUAUUUAAUGCUCUAUAUCGACGUGUGCUGUGCCGACAGCGCGUCAAUGAUGAUCAGAUGACGGUAUUUUCACUGCAGGCACUGGCCAAGGUGUAUAGACGGUAUCACCAGGAGAUUGGCAAGUUUAGCGACAUGUCCUACAUUCUGCAGCUGAGCGAUCGCUGCCUGUCUCCGUCCAUGCGAGAUGCCUUAAUCAAUCUGAUAUCGUGUCUGGUGCUGGAAAAGUCCAACUGUCGCGCUCUGUGCGAUCAUGUGCAGUGCCUGGUUGACCUGAUCACACUGGCGCACUUGCACAAGGGUCGCGCACAGCUGAACACCAAAACGAAUGUGAUCGAGGCGGGUCCCAAUAUGGCUGCCUACGAGGAAAAGGACUGGUACUACAACAUCGAGAAGGAUGGCCAAAAAGCGGAACGGCAGGGACCCAUUACCUACUCGGAGCUGAAGGAGCUCUGGCAGAAGGGCCAGAUCACGCCGAAGACUCGCUGCUGGGCCAUUGGCAUGGAUGGCUGGCGCUCGUUGCAGCAGAUACCCCAACUGAAGUGGUGUCUUAUUGCCAAGGGCACACCGCUCUACGACGAAACGGAGCUGUCAUCAAAGAUCCUCGAUAUCCUGAUCAAGUGCACCAGCUUCUUUCCCAGCCGCACACAGAAUGGUGUGGCCGUGCUCAUUCCAGGACCCAAGUUGUCGCGCAAACUCUCUGAAUUCAUUUGCCUGCCGCACGUGGUGCAGGUGUGCCUCACCCACGAUCCGGGCCUGCUGGAGCGUGUGGCCACGCUGCUCUGCCAGAUCAUGGAGGACAAUCCCGAAAUGCCCAAGGUCUAUAUGACCGGCGUCUUCUAUUUUAUGCUUAUGUACACGGGCAGCAACAUUCUGCCCAUCACACGAUUCCUUAAAAUGACGCACAUGAAGCAGGGCUUCCGCAGCGAAGAGACUUCCCAGUCGGGCAUUAUGCAUCGGAGUAUUUUGGGCCAGCUGCUGCCAGAGGCGAUGGUGUGUUUCCUGGAGAAUUACAGUGCCGAAAAGUUUGCCGAAAUCUUUCUGGGGGAAUUCGAUACGCCCGAGGUAAUUUGGAGCUCGGAGAUGCGUCGCUUGCUCAUCGAGAAGAUUGCCGCGCACAUAGCGGACUUUACGCCGCGCCUGCGUGGUCACACGAUGGCCAGAUACCCUUACCUGGCCAUACCCGUCAUCAGCUAUCCGCAGCUGGAGAACGAGCUCUUCUGCCACAUUUACUAUCUGCGGCAUUUGUGCGACACGCAAAAGUUUCCCAAUUGGCCGAUCUCGGAUCCUGUGCAGCUGUUGAAGCAUACGCUUGACGCCUGGCGGAAGGAGGUGGAGAAGAAGCCGCCACAGAUGACCAUACAGCAGGCGUACCAGGAUCUGGGCAUUGAUCUGGCCAAAACGCCCAAACCGGAUGAGUCCAUGAUACGCAAGAGCUACUACAAACUGGCGCAGAUGUAUCAUCCCGAUAAGAAUCCGAAUGGUCGCGAGAUCUUCGAGAAGGUUAAUCAGGCCUAUGAAUUCCUGUGCUCGCGCUCCGUCUGGAGCUCCGGCGGUCCGGAUCCCAACAAUAUUGUGCUCAUACUGCGCACUCAGAGUAUUCUCUUCGAGCGCUAUCCGGAUGUGCUGCGUCCAUAUAAAUAUGCGGGUUAUCCGCAGCUAAUCAAGACGAUUCGGUUGGAAACACGCGACGAAGAGCUGUUCUGCAAGGAGGCCCAACUGCUGACCGCUGCCUCGGAACUGUGCUAUCACACGGUCCACUGCUCGGCCCUGAAUGCCGAGGAGUUGCGUCGCGAGGAGGGCAUCGAGGCGCUGCUGGAAGCCUAUUCACGGUGCGUUUCCAUACUGGGAGUCGACUCCAAGCCGGAUUCGCUGCACUACCAAGUUAUCUCAAAUGUGACACGCUGCUUUGAGGUCGCCUGCAACUUUGAGAAGUGCAAGCAGAAGAUCAUCCAGCUACCGCAGCUGCUCUCGGAUGUGUGUCGCGUCGUCUACUUCAAGCACACGCUUUCGGUUAGCCUGGUGACCAGUCUGGCGGCCAACAACUAUGAUCUGCAGUGCAAUCUAUCCCGUAAUGGUGUUCUCUGGUCGCUGCUGCUCUUCAUCUUUGAGUAUGACUACACGCUGGAUGAGAGCGGCGUGGAGGUUAGCGACAAGUCCAACCAGCAGCAGCUGGCUAACAAUUUGGCCAAAAUGGCCGUACUUGGCUGCAUCGCUCUCGCCGGCUACGGCAUGGAGUUGCGUAACAAACCGAUUACGGGCAGCGAAUCCAAUUCGCCAUCAGCAGGAGCUAAGCCGGCGCCAGCUAUCAAACCCAAGCCGUCAUCGACAAUCAAUUCGUCGUACAUGCAAAAUGCGCACAAUCCGCUGCAGAGCAAACAGCUGGCAAUUGGCACCGGCAAAGAGUCGGAGAAGGAAACGGCUGUUGUGCUCACCAAGCAGGACUCGAGCGUUAGCAGCGAUACCUCCAGCUCCACGCCUACAGACAGCGACCAGCAGCAGCCACGCCAGAGCGCCAUUCAGCAAAAGUAUCUGGUGACGGGUGAGCCGAACAAUACGCUGAUCAAGCAGGUCUUGGAUCGCCUGCUCACACGCUACAUUGCCAACCAGUUGGCCACGGCACCGGACAGCGAGGUGCUCAAGCUGCUGACGGCCAACACUCGCAAUCCCUACCUGAUUUGGGACAAUGGGACGCGGGCCCAACUCAAGGAUUUCCUUGAGCAGCAGCGCACUGCAUCCGCCAAGGAAACACACGAGGAUAUUGCCCAGGUCUACGAACUGGUGAACAGCUUCGAAUUCGAUGCCCACAAGGAUGAAUUGCAAAUUGGUGGAAUAUUCAUACGUAUCUACAACGACAUGCCCACGCAUCCCAUUGCCCAGCCCAAGCAGUUCAUCAUGGAUCUGUUGGAUUACUUAAAGCAUGCCUAUAAGUUUCUGCACCACAAACAGGCCAAGCACUCACCGGCAGCUGCUGCGCCACCCGCAGCAACGCCUAAAAUGGGCAGCGAUGGCAUACUGACGCCCACGCUAGCGCCCAAUCAUCCACAGCUGCAUCAGCAGCAACAGCAGGACAUCAAAACUGGCGGCACUUUCGACGAGGUGCUGAAUGCCUACAAUCGUUCCAAGAGCCGCAAAAAGCUAGAAACGGAUGCACAGGCGGAGCAGCAGCUAUCACUGCAGCAAGCAAAAUACGACUAUGCCAGCGAUGCUCAGCUGGAGCUGCACAUCACAAUGGUGCUGCGUGCACUGAUUGCGGUAAUCAAAACCAAUGCCGAGGUGGAGAUCCAAUGCAUUGGCAGUUUCGAUAUGAUAUUCGGCUUUCUGGCCAACAACAUAUUCGCUGAUAAUUCCAGCGUUAAAGCUGUGGCGCUGGAGGUGGUCGCUUUGGUGUCGCGCAACAAGGAGUGCGUCUCGGAGGUGGCUGCCUGUGAGAUUCUUGGCAAUUAUUUGGUCGCACUUAAGGAUCCCGAGCUGCGUGCCAGCCAGGUGAAGGUGCUGGAGACGCUCUCCGGCCUUAUGAACGUCCAGGAGAUGAUCAAGGAGGCGCAAGCCAAGGGUGCUGCUAUCUAUCUUCUAGACAUGUUCUGCAAUUCACGCAAUCCGCAAAUACGUGAAAUGUGCGCCGAAAUACUGGCCAAAAUGACGGCAGAUCGUCUAAGUGGGCCCAAGGUACGCAUCACCAUAUCGAAGUUUCUGCCUGCGCUCUUCAUAGAUGCCAUGAUCGAGUCGCCGGCAACGUCUGUGCAACUUUUUGAGUCCAUACACGAGCACCCGGAACUGAUCUGGAACGACAAUACACGCUCGAAUGUGUGCGAUGCGGUUGCGGAGACGUGCAACCGAUUCUAUCAGCAGCAAAAGUCAAAUAACCGACAUCUGUGGAAGGAUCCCGAAAUGCUUAAGGAUAUUGUGUCUAAUGAGAUUGUUGUCGCAGGCGUCUAUUUAAGACUCUUUGUUAGCAAUCCUGCCUGGACGCUGCGCAAGCCCAAACAGUUUCUCUCCGAUCUCUUGGACUUUGUGGUCGAGCAAAUUAGCAAGAGCUCCACUGAGCAGGACGUGCUGGACUUGUCCACAACAGCGCUAGUGGAGCUGCUGCGCUCCCAGCCUAACCUCGCCGACGAUAUACCCGUACUGGGUCACAUACCCAAACUGUUCAAUUUGCUAUCGGUGCAACCAAAGAACACGCUAUCAGUAUUACACCAGCUGUCGCUCUCUGAGUUCUGUGUGAGCGCCAUCUCGCAAACGGAAUGCGUUGCGCCGCUGAAGAAAUGCAUGGAACAAAAUCGGGAUUGCAUUGAGAAGGCAUGCGAGGCACUGAGUCGCCUCUUCAAGCAUCAACAUGACUCGCUGAUCAGUCAAUCGCUGGAGGUGGGGCUUAUACCGUUUCUGCUGGGUCUGCUGGACAGUCGCUUGGAAUUCGUGGACAAUGCGUCCGCAGUUAAAGCACAAAUCGUCGCUGCGCUCAAGGGCAUGACACACAAUCUCAAUUAUGGGGAUCGUGUCACACAAAUAUUGCUCAAGCAUCCCAUCUGGGCCGAGUUCAAGGAUCAGCGUCAUGACUUAUUCAUAACAGACACAAACAUACGUGGCUACUUGACUGGCAUUAAUCCGACGGCGGGCUACCUCACCGCAGGACCAGCGCAAAGCGUUGAAGUGCUUACCUCACCACCGCCCAUGGAUCGCGAUGAUCCUUCUGCACGUCAACCUAUUGAUUAGCGGCUCCUCAUUUGCCACAGCCAUCCAAAAGCUAAGCAUAACUUAUGAUUUGCCUUGCUCUACACAAAAACACACACCCUCUAGCUAAACGGCGCCUUCGAUUGCCACGCAAGCUUUUAUAUGGACGUGUCCUGAUUUCCUUUAUUGUAUUAAAAGUUUUGCAUCAUUUUAAACAUACACUGCUUUGUUAAACAAAAAAAAAAAAGAAAGAAAAGAGAAGGAAUGGAGGAGGCGUGACUGUCACCAAACAAACAUAUUAACAAUCUGUAACAAAGUCUACGAAACGUUUAAUUUUUUAUAUUUAUAUAAAUUGUAUAAAUAGUUAAUAGUGAAUACACACACACACACACACACGUACAUACAUAUAUACACAUUAAUUAAAGCAUGCAUAAAGUGAUUAUACAUAUGUAUUAUGAAUUAAAACAGACUCAUUAAAAAUGAA